AUGGAAAAGGAAUCUGUAUAUAACUUAGCGCUGAAAUGUGCUGACCGACAACUGACCUCCACGGAUUUUCUGAACCUUUACAAGGAAUUCUUCAAUGAAAAGUUCUCAUCAUUGGUUCAAGAGGAGGUAGAUGGUACUGCUAAUGCUGCCACAAUCAGUGAUAUCAAGAAGGAACUGUCCUUGACGGAUACAUCCGGUAGUAGUGGGUCUACAGAUGUUACACGCUUGGAUGAAGCUCUAGAUAUCGUUUGCUCUGAUUUUGUCAAGGUUUUAAACCUAGAGAGGCCUUUGAUCCUGGCGGAUUAUAUCGUUGAGGUGUUGUUUGUGAACUACAACUCGGAUAUGAUAAAAUGUUUUUUGCCCAAAUUGAACUCUGUUACCAACUCGUUAAUUUUGGUGCAUUUCUUCUCCAAGUCUUGUUCAUUUUUCGCUAAACUAUCAGAUACUUUGGUAAUUGGCCAAGUACGCAAGGAUUUGGGUAGUGUUGUGGUACCGAGUAUUUUAAACCUCGAUAUGAACUCUUUGAAUAAAGAACUCAUUGUUGUAAUAUCGAAGUUUUUGCAUACUGUUUUGAAACUCGCAACCGCCCCAAUCCUUUUAACUUCUGUCAGCUGUAAGAAUGGAUCAUUUACACUUCUCAAUCAGCUGUCACAAACUAACAAGCUGCUUUUUAGAAAGAUCUCACAGACUUUUGAGGCAAAAUUGCACUUCAAAGACACGAAGCCGUUUUUAAACAAAGAUUCAACCAACGAAUAUGUAGGAUCUCCUUCAUUGACUUCUCCCCAAUAUAUUCCAAGUCCUCUCUCUUCAACGAAACCUCCAGGUUCUGUGAAUUCUGCGGCCAAAUAUAAAGACAUGAAGCUUAUACGUUAUUAUAAAAAUAUCUGGCUUAAUAACAAAAUAAUCAACUGGGAAAUAGCCAAUUCAGAUUUCUUGUCAAAGUAUUCUGCAAUAAGCUCCUCUAUUUUCCGAGAGGGCCUAAACUCUGUUCACAACCUGGACCAGUUACUUUCCGACUUAAUUGAGACAUCAUUUACUUGUUUUGCUCAAUUCGUCAGUAAUAAACAAUAUCAUCAAGCGAACUCCAAUUUAACGCUGCUAGAAAGACAAUGGGUUAUAUUUAUCUCCAAACACUUGCCACUGUUGAUCCUUGAGAAUUCUUCAAGAAGUCCUCGUGUAGUAACGAAUGCCUUAGAUAAUAUCGAUGAGAAAGUCAUUAAAGCUAUUAGAAUAUACUUUACCGAAAAGGAUGAUAUCAAGUCCACUAAUGAAGAUUUGUUUGAUGAUUAUCCGUCUACUAGUUUAGAUAUAAGGCAUGAUUUCAUUAAGGGUUUAAUUAUGUUGAAUUUACAACCUGCUUCUAUCAUCAACAAUUAUUUGAGAGAAGAUCAAAUGAUCGACACCAGUAUACUACCUACAAAUGAUGAUUUGGUUGUUCGUAAUUUGCAAGGCAUCCAAGAAGUGGUUCAUAACACUAACAGUUUCAUCAUUUCAUCUUUGGACACUUUGGAGCUAGAAUCAAUAACUGAUUCUAAUAAUAAUGAUUCCAGUAAUGGGUUAUUCCAAGUACUACACAACUUUGAAUCUGUUGCGCCCACAAAACAACGUGAGAUAGUAAGGGGUAUUUUAUCCAUCUUUAAUGACUCAAUAAAAGAAUUAAACUAUAAUAGAAUAACCAAAAUUUCCGCUCUGUUAUUUUUCAAUUUUUCACACUCAUUGACAACAAUUCUCUCGUUUUCUUCACCAACAACAUUGGUGGAGACCUUAAUGAAAUUCAUCGACUCUUCGAAAAAUGAUAGAAGUAACUCAAAUAUCAAUGAUGAAAGUUCGGAAUACGAAACGGUCAAUAUUUCAUUAUCCCUCUCCUGGGCAAUAUUACUGCUAAUAAAUGUAACACAAACGUAUGGUAUAUCCGUGGUUGAUGUAGCACUCAAAUCAUCCAACUUAUCUCUAAAGGAUUCCUUCAUAAUUAAUUUUAUUUCAAAUCUGCCUAAUGUGUCGGAUAAAUAUUAUUUGGAAGAGUCAAAUAUCAACGAUUCUGAUAUGCUAACUAAGUCGCAUAAUACCGUUCAAAGCUGGCUCUGUGAUCUUUUUGUCAAUGGGUCCAUCACCGAUCAAUUGAUUCAAAAUAUUGAAACCAGGCAAUUGGCUAAUCUCAUACCAUUCAUCGUCAAACAGGUCUUGCUUUCAGUUGAAAUAGGGGCUCUGACUGACAUUUCGAGUUUGAUAGGUGGAUUCGAGUACUUCUUACAGCCUUUGUUACUGAUCGGAUUAGUUAAAACAUUUUUUUGGCUAGAACAAUUUCUUUCAUGUGUCAAGAACGAUACUGUAUCAGAAGAUAUCUUACAGAAAUUAUUCAAUCUAUUAAACACCCUUUUCAACCCAAUCACUCUUAAUGAAGACUCAAAAGCUUUCCAUACGGCAGUUUUGAGGUUAAACGCAAUCCCAUUACUAAAGGUUCUUCGCAAAUUUAGAGUUCAAAGUCAAUCUAAUUAUGGUAUAUAUUCAUCUGAUGCGCAGGGCGAUCCAAACCUAGAGCCUUUGAUUGCAAAAUUGAUUUCGGUUUUAAACAUAUCACCGGUUUAUGAUGUUGAUCCAAGAAUUAUCAACGCGGAAAAUGAUUACUCUAGAAAGCAGUUGGGUUAUGGUAAAUUUCUAAUUUUGAAUGAAAAUCCAGUCAACAAAAUAAUGACUAACCAAAUCAAUUCAUUUUGGAGUCUUCAUAGUAGCACAUAUUACAACUUAGAUUACUUGUUUGAAUUAAUUGAAUUGGUGACGCCAAAGAAUUUUCUUUUUGAUGUAUUGAAAACCUUGGAAUAUAAACUAGCCACCUAUGGAGUUCCAGGCUCUAAAAAUAAAAGAGGAUCUUUAGAAUCAGAGCAUGUUUUCGAUUACUUUUUUUAUUUUCUUGUACUACACGAUGUAAAAACAGCAGAGGAAGCUACUCAAUUAAUAGAAUAUAUGGAAGAUGACACGAAGAAAAAAAACGAUGACGCUGACAAGAAAUGUGAGUAUCCACAGGAAAAAGCUAAGGAAGCUGUUGAGGUGAAACAAGAAUCCCAACCAAAAAACGAAGUUGCUCAAGACGAUGAUUUUGAUAUGCUUUUUGGGGAGAACGAUACAAGUGCUCAAGCUUAUGAGGAAGACGAAGAGGAUGAAAACAGCUGUGAUAAUGACAAGCCUAACGACAUAUCGAUGAUAAAGGUAGAAGAAGGCCUAGCCAAGACUAACAAAAUAGGUAUUUUGAAGAGGGACUCCUUUGCAGUACUUCUUCAUGAACUAAAAUUGCUGAACGAUUCGGCCUUAGCAAUUGGUGAGAUAACUAAGACGGAACACGAAAAGUUUAUCAAAUAUCAUAAUAAAUAUUUAUGCAUGUUGAAAACAUGCGUCUUUUAA